GGCCUUGGGGCUUGCCUGUGACUGGGCCCCAGAAUCCAGCUGGGGUGGGCCCUCGUCAUCCUCCUGUGGCUGGGCCGCGGAGUUCGCCUGUUGCUUGGCCUCGGGGUUCACUUGUGGCUGGGCCGUGGGGUUCACCUGUGGCUCGGCCUCAGCCACUGGCCCUGGUACCGUCUGAUCCCCAGAGUCCACCUGGGUCUGUGGGUCAGCUGGCAUGAAGCUGCCCGGCCUCUCCUCACAGAGAGCGGCUGCAAAGGAGGUGAGCAUGGCGCGCAGCAGGGCCCGGAGGUCGGUGCUGGCCAGGAGGCAGAGGAAGGGACUGAGACAGCUGUUGAGCAGGAUCAGGUAGUCAGAGUAGACCAGGGCCUCCCAGAGCAGGUAGCCGGGGUAGAAGUCCCACAGGAAGGCCAGGUACAGCAGCUGCGCCAGCUGGUAGGGCAGCCGCAGGACCACGUAGGCUGACAGAAUGGUCUUGGCCACACGGGCGAAGCCGCAGCAGGCCGGGGCCCCAGGCUGGUGGCGGCGGCAGGGCCGGCAGGCGGCAGCCUGGGUGAGCACGUGGCAGACGACCAGCACGAGGAAAGGAAGGAAGCCCCCCAGGAUCUCCAGCAUCCGCAGUGGCAGCUCCUCGCUGUCCCAGAAGUCCAGGCAGAUGACCAGGUCAUACCACCAGACGGCCGCCUCGGGGAAGACCAGCCAGGGCACACUGAAGAGGGUGGCCAGCACCCAGACCCCAGCACAGACCCAGAGGGGCAGGCGGGCUGGGCGGCGCCCAGGGUACCAGCGAGGGCACAGCGCCAGCAGGCAGCGGUCCAGGCUGAGGGUGGCCAGCAGGAAGAGGCCGGAGGAGUAGGACACCCCCCAGAGGAAAUAGUAGAAGCGGCAGGCGGCCGUCCCCAGCGGCCAGUGCCCGCCAUGCUGGAUCUCCAUGAUCUGGAAGGCCGCUGCCGCCAGGAACAGGAAGUCAGAGACAGCCAGGCUGAGCAGGAGCAGAGCAAGCCGCGUGCCCGCGCCCUGCCGGGCCUGCGAGCCAGCCAGCCACGCCAUGAGCCCAUUGGCUGGCAGCCCCAGGAGCAGCAGGGCCACCAGGAAGACCGUGUCCCAGCCGCCCUGCGGGUAGUCCUCAUCGUCGAGCUCUGUGCGGGGCCAGCGGCCGGGGGCACCCAGGCUGGCUUCCAUAGCAGUGUCUAUCUGGGGUCCCCAGUGUCUUACUGGACAUGGAGUGGGCACCUGGUGAAUCAAUGAAGGCAUGAAUGACUGAAAAGGAGAGAGAGGAUGCUGAGCAUCUCUGUGAAAGUCGCUGUCCCUCUCUGGGCCAUCAUCAUCACCUUUGGGGUGGUUAACCUUUGCCAGGGACUUUAAAGAGAUUACCUUACCUAGUCUUCCUGCAAUCCAUUCUACAGGUAAGCAGAGAAAGGUGCAGAGGAAGGUGACUUAUGCAUGGUCUGAGACAGGAAUGUGGGCACCAGGACUCUAGUUAUUUUGCUGCCCAGAAUCCCGCUGCAUCCACGCAGACCAAACCAGAGGCUUUCAAAUUCAUUUCAAUAAGAUACUAUAGCAGAACUCCUAUGUGAACUAAAAGGGUGUGCUCAGGUUAAAGGAGGGAGAGCACCCUUAGAACUCCAGGGAACACAGUUUAAAAACCACUUGGGAAAUCCCUAGUGGUCCACUGAUUAGGACCUGGCUUUUCCCUGCUGUGGGCCUGGGUUCAGUCCCUGGUGGGGGGACUGAGAUCCCUCAAGCUGCAUGGUGCCGCCAAAACAAAACAACCCCAAAUGGUCAAAGCAUUGCAGGCUCCCUUUUUGUCUGUAUCCUGGGUUCAAGAUUUUGAGAUUCAGACUUCCUUGGUGGUCCAAUGGUUAAAGAUCUACGCUUUCAUUGCAGGGGACAGGGGUUCAGUACCUGGUAGGGGGACUAGGAUUCUGCAAGCCACGUGGUGCAGCCAAAACAAACAAACAGAAAGAUUCCAAAGGGAAAGGCUUAGGGUCCCCUGGGCUCAAGAGUGGACAGGGAGUCUGGGGCGGGGGGGGGGGCUCCCUUUUCCCCCUGGGGUUACUCAUUAGAAAAGGGGGUAAGGGGCUCAGCAACCUGAUGAGGAUGAGGGUGGCUGAGUCCCAAGAAGCCUGCUGCCCUCACCCUACCCCCUUAGUGGGGGGAGAGAGGCUCCCUCUGAGGUGGAAAAACCAGAUGUCCCGGAAAGCCUGGGUCCUGCCUGUGGCUCAUAACUCAAGCCAUUUGACCUUUAGCCUGUGGUCUCCCCACCCCCAGGGCCCUUACUCAGGCAGACCCCACUCUGCAAGCUCCAGUCCUUACUGGAUCAGAGCCCAGGGCACCCGCUGAGGCUCCAACUGGCGAGGCCUGGCUUACCUGUGAGGUGCAGGCCGCUGGCUGGAAGGAGCAGGGGUGUCUGCCUGCCCAGAGGUCCAGUCGUCCACAUAGCCCCACGCUGGGGCCUGCUGCAUGGUGCCCGGCGGCACUCAGGCUGCUGGCAUGAAACCCAAGCUGAGAGGACAUCAAUCUUUCAUGGGGCUGCUCGCUGGGGAAACCCUAACCCCAGCCCAGUGGGGCCAAGUGACCAGCCAGGCCCCCCUAUCCUUGACAGGGCCAGAUGGCCGAAAGCCCUCGGCCUGGGCCCCUCCAGCUCAGAGCAGGCUCUGGGUCCCCCAGGGUGCGCCUCCUCUGAUGUCACCCCCAUGACCCUCAAUCACCCGUGAUUCCAAGCCCCUAUGAUCUGGCCUCUCUUCCUUCCUUUCACACACCCUGCUCCGGUCAGGAGGUCGCCCACAGAGGGGUCACUUGUCCUCUCCCCCACCUCCCACCUUUAUGCACACUCUUCCUCCUGCCUGAGAUGCUUCCCCAUGUCCUUUGGUAGCUGAGUCCUGCUCAUGUCAGACAACUGGGCUUUCUGACGCUUCAGCAAUACUGCUCCCAUUUUAUAGAUGAGGCAACUGAGACUUAGAGAGGUGAGUCUGCUGGGUCUCCCAGCUCAUGAGUGGCAGAGCCGUAGUCCGAGGCUCACUGUGGCCACUCUGUCCUGGCACCUGUGUUGCUGAGGAUGGUUCCCUUGACUGAUCUGCUCUGCUGAUCUGGCCACCCGCAGGCAGAGUGCGGGAUUAGGGCCUGGGCUGCCUGACUCACUUACCCUAAUCCCCCUCAGGGCCCGAUCCCUGGUCAUCAGCCCUCGGGGUGGCAGAGCAUAAGCAGCUUUAUGGGUCCUGAGAAGUAGGGUUGCUCCCUGGUGCCACUUCUCUGAACCCUGUCACCCCUCUCCACAUGGCCAAAGAGCAGGGGAGGGGGCGGCAUGGCCCAGACCCGGCCCCCAGACCACAGAAGCCCCCUGUGGAGGUCCUGGCUUCCAGUAGUGGCGCUGAGGGGCCCCCCUUGAUAAGGAAGAGAAGCAGCAAGAGGGAGAAGGGGCUCCGAGGGUCCCGGAAGGGCCCCGGCAGCUCUGGGGAGCAGACCCCCAUGCAGGGCCCCAAGGCCCCGGGGAGCAGCAAGAACCCCUCCAGGACCAGAGAAGGGCAGGAGGGGCCCGUCCCCUCGGCCUCUGGGCCGGCCCCUCGUCGCCAGUCCCACCGGCACCGUCCUGGCCCCCAGCAUGAUGCUGCUCAGAGGACGUACGGGCCCCUGCUCAACCGCAUCUUCGGGAAGGACCGAGAGUUGGGCCCCGAGGAGCUGGAUGAGCUUCAGGCCGCCUUCGAGGAGUUUGACACGGACCACGACGGUUAUAUCGGCUACCGGGACCUGGGCGAGUGCAUGCGGACGUUGGGCUACAUGCCCACCGAGAUGGAGCUCAUCGAGGUCUCCCAGCACGUCAAGAUGCGGAUGGGUGGCCGCGUGGACUUUGAGGAAUUCGUGGAGAUGAUGGGCCCAAAGCUGAGGGAGGAGACAGCGCACAUGCUGGGGCUGCGGGAGCUGCGAAUUGCCUUCCGCGAGUUUGACAGGGACAGGGAUGGGCGGAUCACGGUGGCAGAGCUGCGGGAGGCAGCACCCGCUCUGCUGGGGGAGCCACUGGUGGGUCCUGAGCUGGAUGAGAUGCUCCAAGAAGUGGAUCUCAAUGGGGAUGGCACUGUGGACUUUGACGAGUUCGUGAUGAUGCUGUCCCGCCACUAAGGAUCCUCUGGCCCCAGACACACUAGCAAGGUUCAUGAUGCACGUCCUCCCCGGGAAGCCCCAGGAUGAAAGAGACCCAGCAGCCCUCGGGCUUCUGCUCUGACAACCUCUGGCUGGAGAGCUGGCUUGUGAUGUCACCUGCCCACCCUCAUCCUGGCCUCCCUUCCAUCCGAGUGGCGUGGACGAAACCUGCCCUCAACCGCCCGUCAUUCCCUAGUGUGACAAGGUUUGACUCUCUCCAGCCCCUUGGGAGGUAGGGAGCUCCCUGCCAUCAGCAGCAUUCAGAGAUGGGGCAGUGUAGGGGGUGGUUCUGGUAAAAUGGGGAACUGAGAAAGGUGGCUGGACUCCUCUCAUUCCUUAUACGUGGAAAAAAAAAAAAUUAAGUUGAACUUGAAAGACAGGGAUGAUCCCAGGUACCAGAGACAAAGAGAAAAUCCAAAGCUGGGUGGUGGGAGGAAUCAGAGGCUAUGGGGGCUUCAGGGGUGGAGAGGUUCAGGAGUCUGGGCUCAGACACCCAGGAGAGACCUGUAAGAGGCUGGGGAGCAGGACAUGACCUCCGUACAUUCCAGGGUCUCAACAGGCUACCCUGUUCUUGAAAAGGGGGCCAAAAUAUACUGCUACCCACAAGCCUGAGAAAGUGACAAGGUGCAGAUGUUCAACCUUGAGUGGAAAAAGUUACCCCGGUGAACCUGAAACUCAGGUCUGCAUGUCAAGCAGGAGUGUGGUCUAUCUCUGUGGUGUGAAAAGCAGAAGAAAUAGGAAAAAAACAAAAAACUGCUGAGAAAGACACUCUUUCAACCCAGGGCACAUACCCUUUAAAAAAAAACCCAAACACCCCUGUCACUUCUGAAGAUGAACUCAUGACAAAGGGUGACAAAUCACAUAAGGAAACAAAUCACUGUGAGGGAGACACAGCAGAUGCGGUAAAUAGGAGAGUCGGCGCUCCAAAGUGGAAAUCAGAAAACACGCUAAGAGACCAUGAAGUAAGCACAAAAACAAACAAAAUUGAGGCAAAAUAAACAAGAGAGACCCUCGUCCGAAACAGCACAGUAUGAAAACUGAAUAGAAAGGUUAAAAAAAAUAACCCAAUAAAACAUCUAAAAAUGAGGAUAUGGCCAUUGGAAUGAAAAAAAAAAUCAAGGGAUAAAUUAAACAGAUUGGACACAAUUUAAGAAAAGAUUAAUGAACUGGAAGCUAUAUCUGAGAAAUCUCCCAUAGGAGGGAUGAAUGACAGAAAAUAUUAAAGAACAGUUAAAAGUUAGGUGAAAGAGUAGAGUGAACAAGCUGGCUUAAAACUCAACAUUCAAAAAACAAAGAUUGUGGCAUCCAGUCCCAUCAUUUCAUGGCAAAUAG